AUGCUCUCACGUGUUGCUGCAGUGAAGGCACCCCGCACACACAGCCGUCGCCGCGUGACCGGAUCCAGCGGAAGGAGGAGGGAAGGAAGAGAGAGUGAGCCGCGGAGGCCCAACAUGUCCCGGCGUGUGUUUACUUCCGCGGUGCUGCUCCUCCUCGUCGGGAUGAUGUGCUGCGCCACCUGUGGAGCUACGCAAGCUGUGGAGCCGUCGUCUGAAAAAAAGUCUGAAUGGAAGGACGCUAAUGACGAUGGUGUAACUGUGGAGUCGUUUGGUGUUCCCGGCCUUCUAAAUGUGGGGAAUGACGUAUUUGUCGUUGCCGAGGCGCAGUGCAAGAAGGAUGAAAACAAGGUCUUUACUGGUAUUGCAUCCCAACUUCUUACGAAAGAUACUUCUGACGAACCAAUGGAAGUGCUAAAUGGAGCCAAAGAUAAGACACAAGUUCUGGAGGAAGGCGCUCCCACAAGCAAGAGAGUAGAUGUGAGCCGACCAACAACGGUUGUGGAUGGAGGUGAUAUUUACAUGCUUGUUGGAAAAUACAGUGGGAAUGCUGAUGCUCGGGAGAGUGCUGCAGCUCAAUCGGGAAUUUUGCUGGUGAAAGGAACAGUCAGUGGUGAAGAAAGUAACAAACAAAUUGACUGGAAAGAUACCAACGCUGUCCCGACGACACCUUUCGGCGAACAACUUUCAUCCUUGACAGGACUGAUUGGCGGCGGUGGAUCGGGUGUUAAAAUGAAGGACGGUACGCUUGUGUUCCCAGUGGAAGGCACGAAGGAGGAAGUUGGGCAGAAGGAAGCUGCGGGUGGAAAGACUUUCUCACUGCUCAUGUACACUUUGGAUACUUCGAAGAAAAUUGAGAGUUGGAAGCUGUCGAAGGGGAUGUCUGCCGAUGGCUGCAGUGAUCCCUCCGUGGUGGAGUGGGAGGAGGGAAAACUCAUGAUGAUGACUGCGUGUGGUGAUGGCCGCCGCAGGGUGUACGAGAUCGGUGAGAAGGGGGAGUCGUGGACGGAGGCCCUCGGGACACUCUCGCGCGUGUGGAGCAGCAAACAAAAAGGUGGAGAGGUCGAAAUUGUUGGAAGCGGGUUCAUCACAGCGAAUAUUGGUGACGGUGUUGAAGAUGAUAAGAGAAAUGUGAUGCUCAUUACUCUGCCGGUGUAUUCCGAAAAUGUGGAAAAUGGCGUACUCCAUCUUUGGCUGACGGACAAUACGCACAUUGUUGAUAUUGGGCCGGUGUCCGGGAACGAUGAUGAUGUUGCCGCCAGCGCCCUGUUGUACAAAAGCGGAGAUAAUAAUGAGGAGUUGAUUGCACUGUACGAGAAGAAGAAGGGCGAUGAGAAAGAAAAACCAUCACCCGGUAUGGUCUCUGUGCGUCUGACUGAGCAGCUGCAGCGGGUGAAGGAUGUGCUAGCGACCUGGAAGAAAGUGGACGAACAUGUCUCCCAGCUGUGCACCUCAAGUGCUGAGGAAGAUACCUCAACUGAAAAUGCCUGCAAUACUGGUAAGAUCACGGAUGGGCUGGUUGGCUUUUUGUCCGGCAACUUCUCUGAUGGCACAUGGAGGGACGAGUACCUCGGCGUGAACGCCACAGUAACGAAUGGGGUGGCAACAGGGUAUGCGGAGAAGGGCGUGAGGUUCACUGGAAGUGGUGCAGGAGCGGAGUGGCCUGUUGGCAAGCAGGGGGAGAAUCAGCUGUACCACUUUGCGAACUACAACUUCACUCUUGUGGCGACGGUGUCCAUCCACGGUGUGCCGAGGGGAGAUACCCCCAUUCCAUUGAUUGGUGCGAAGAUGAAUGACAGUGAGAAUCCAGUACUUCUUGGACUGUCGUACGACAAUGAAAAUAAGUGGCGUGUGUUGUGCGGCGGAGAGAACACGGAGCACAGCAGUAAUUGGGAGACAGAGACACAGUACCAGGUGGCCAUUGUGCUACAUAACGGCAGUCAGGGCUCUGCGUAUGUCGAUGGUCAGCGUGUGGGGAAUGCGCAACUUGCUUUACAGGAUAUUGAAGGAUCUAAAGGGAUCUCCCACUUCUACAUUGGAGGGGAUGGAGGCAGCGCAGAGGCUCAAGAAGGCGUGCCUGUGACGGUGAAGAACGUAUUACUGUACAACCGCCCGUUGGAUGGCACUGAGAUUACCACGCUUGCCAAAAAUACAAUUACUAAUCCGAAGCCGGAGGAUCCGAAGACACCGACGACAAGUCCUCGUUCACCAGCGGCAAGUGCACCGGAUGUGGAGGUAUCCCUGCACCGGUCUAAUUCUUCCGGGCAACUGCCGUUGGAAGAGGAACCGUUGAGGGCGAAUAUUGGUGCUGGUGCUGGCGGUGUAUCCAGUGCAGUUUCCGUUACUACGACUCCCUCGUCUGAUGCUAGCCCAACGGUGGCGACAGGGAGUGGAGACACAAUGCGGGGAAAUGGAUCACCCCAAACUCCUGAGGCGACCGUGAGCUCUGGUGCGGAUGGGGAGACGACGGGAGGAACGGAUGGGCAGGAGGGAAUCCAUUCACAGAACGGGGAAGUAAAGUCUGCGGCACUCAGCAGCAGCCUCGGAAAUUCGUCGCAGGGGAAUAACAGCGAUGCGUGCACUGUGCGUGAGAGCGGACUGCUGCCGUUGCUGCUUCUUCUGUUGGGACUGUGGGGGUUUGCGGCUGCGUGA